AUGGAGCGCGGGCACGCAGCUGAGAGCGGCGAGGGCACGGAGCCCGACGCCCUGCCGCCUUCUGCUGCCGGCAGCAGUCCCUGCCUGCCCUCGGCGGGGCAGCGGCCCGGGGCCCCUGCGGGCAGGCCCGCGGCUGCCAACGCGGCUCGGGAGCGCAGCCGGGUGCAGACCCUGCGCCACGCCUUCCUCGAGCUGCAGAAGACUCUCCCCUCCGUGCCCCCCGACACCAAGCUCUCCAAGCUGGACGUGCUGCUCCUGGCCACCACCUACAUCGCACACCUCACUCGCAGCCUUCAGGAUGAGGAAGAGUCGCCGGGAGAGGGCUUGGGUGCCCUCCGAGGGGAUGGGUACCUGCACCCCGUCAAGAAGUGGCCGAUGCGCUCCAGGCUGUACAUCGGAGCUACAGGACAGUUCCUGACGCCCUCGGCACCCGGCGACGGCGCAGCCCAAGGGGAGACCUCAGCAGCCCCACAAAUCUAA